AUGGGAAGCGUUUUCUCGUUGUUAGCUAUACGGAAGACGGAUACGACCCGGCCAAGUAGGCAGGUGCAAACGGCAAAUGGCCUGAUUGAGGGUUUCCGACUAAACAUUGAUGACGAUAAAGAGGUGGACCUGUUUCUCGGAGUCCCUUUCGCUGCACCCCCCAUCGGAGAAUUGCGUUUCCAGAAACCUACCGCACCGGACAAUUGGGAAGGUGUUCGUAAAUGCGUCCGAUUUGGCCCUCGAGCUCCACAAGCAGACUUCUUUUGGGAACGUUUAACCCUUGGACCAAAGAGUGAAGAUUGUCUCUAUCUCAAUGUAUUCACCCCGGUAUGGAAGCCCGAAAACGAAGAGGCUGGGCAUGCAGUAAUGGUGUAUGUGCACGGGGGAGGAUAUUUGAUAGAUUCAGCUGUCAAAUAUGGAGAUCAAGGCAUAGCUAAAUAUCUUUGUCGUCACGGUGUAGUAGUCGUCACCAUUCAAUAUCGCCUUGCUCUGCUAGGCUUUAUGUCAACUGGUGACGAAAUAUGCGCAGGAAAUCUUGGCCUUUGGGAUAUGACAAUGGCUUUACAAUGGGUGCAGGACAACAUAAAAGCUUUUGGUGGAGACCCUAAGCGAGUUACAGUAUUCGGCCAGAGUGCAGGUGGAGCCAGCGUGGACAUGUUGGCGCUCAGCCCGCAUUCCAGAGAUUUGUUCCAUCAAGUGAUUCCAAUGGCUGGAAAUGCUGAAUGUGCUUGGAGUACCGUAUCUCGAUCUCAACUGGUUGACUCUUGUCGUGAAUUCGCAAGAAGACGAGGAUGGGAUGGUUUCAGUUAUGAUGUGCAAACAAGCCGAAGUUUAGUGAAUUUUCUUCGUCAUCGGAGAUGGAAAGAGUUGAGAAACGGCGUGGAUGUGUCAAAAAUUGGUCUCGACUUAGCGCCCGUGAUUGGCUCUACUCCUGAUGAUUUCCUACCAAAAAGUAUUGACGAAUUACGGAAGGAAGCACCAAAGAAAAAUGCUCUCAUAGGAACUUGUCAACACGAAGGGUUGCUCUUUGGCAUCGAAAAACUGCUGUCCGUUGUGAUUACACCGGAAAAUCAUUCAAACUUUGAGGAAUUGCGGCGGCAAGCACGUGACUUGUAUUUGUGCAAUAUAAACAUAGAGAGUAAAGAAGAAUUGUACAGCGACAUUUUCGUGAACAAUGGCACGUACAGCUACGUGACGAAGAUGGCUACGCAGUCCAAUCGCAUCUAUCUGUACUCGUUUGAGUUCUUUAAUCCACGUAGCUUUGGCAUACUGUCCCUUCGGAUGCCGUUCAGAGGUGCAACCCAUUGCACGGAACUGACGUACUUGUUUGGUGUGUCUCUUCUGUUUGGAUUUCAAUUUACCGAUGCUGACAAACAAAUGAUUGACCUUAUGACGCGAAUGUGGACGAACUUCGCUAAAUACGGAAAUCCAAACGGUCCUUACCAAGACUCGACUGUGUUCGACUUCAAAUGGGAGCCGGUAACCUCACAGGACUGUGGCAGGUAA